AUGUUGUUAUCCGGUAAUAAUACUAUUUCUUACCUUCUCCUAUUCAUAGUCAUAGUCUUGGCUUUGAAUGCAAAGGCAGAGAGAUAUGGGCCUUAUGACUACUACAAAGUUAGCAUUCGAUGGCCAAAAUCUUAUUGUCUCUCUAAAGAGGUUGUCAGAAGAAGGUAUGUGUGUGAGAAGCCGAUCUUAGCAAACUUCACCAUUCAUGGUGUGUGGCCAAUGUAUACGGGUGAAAUUAUCGUCGAUCCCUAUCAUAAGGACCCUAGAUGCACCAAAACCAAACCAGUGCCACCAGAGAAUAUUACGUAUGAUCUAUUAGAUGAAAUAUUGGAUGACAUGAAGAAAUAUUGGCCAAAUGUUGUGACUCGAACACAAGAAUAUAAUGAAAAUUUUUGGCGAUAUCAAUUUGAGAAUCAUGGAAUGUGUUUCGAGAAUCCUGAUCAACCAAAGCAUUAUUUUCGAACAGGCUUGGAAGUCAUGAAGCAAUAUGACUUUCUAGGAAUACUCGAAAGAAAAAAGGUGCGUCCAAUAAAUGGGCUAUACAAUGCCAUACAGUACAAACAAAUUGUCAAACAAGGUCUGGGCGGCGUAGAGCCUCAAAUUUUCUGCAACAAAGAUAGGCAUGGAACUUUACAGUUUGGUGAAAUCUGGGGAUGUGGGGUUUGGGAAGCAGCAAAGUUGAAGUUUCCUAAACCCUAA